UAUCGGGGUGUGCAGUCGCUCGGUUCUGUUGGGUGCCGCUGUCCGUAGCUCGUGCAGGCGCCAUGCAAGCGGUGCUGUGCAUGUCCCUCCGCACAUGCAGCAUCAAUGGAGCACCUUGAGCUGUGCCGUUGCAUUUAAUCCGUGAUUUCUGAUGUCGAAGGGGAUUUCCAUUCAUUUUCUCCGCUCAUCUCAGACAUCGUCGGUCGCUAGAUUUAUUACUGUGAUCUCGACGCGUGACCGAAAGGGAUUUUUGUGUGGUGUACAGAAUAUAUUUUUUCUCCUGUUAAUUUGAAUUUCCUUGGUAACGUUAGCUGUUUUAAAAAUGGCGAGCGACUCUCCGGCCAGAAGUCUGGACGAAAUAGAUCUCUCUGCUCUGCGGGACCCUGCAGGCAUAUUUGAGCUGGUGGAGCUGGUCGGGAAUGGGACGUAUGGGCAAGUGUACAAGGGUCGCCAUGUUAAGACGGGCCAGCUUGCUGCCAUCAAAGUCAUGGAUGUCACCGGGGAUGAAGAGGAGGAGAUCAAACAGGAGAUUAACAUGCUGAAGAAGUAUUCGCACCACCGCAACAUCGCCACCUACUACGGCGCCUUCAUUAAGAAGAACCCACCGGGGAUGGAUGACCAGCUGUGGUUGGUGAUGGAGUUCUGUGGUGCUGGUUCAGUGACAGACCUGAUCAAGAACACCAAGGGGAACUCCCUGAAGGAGGAGUGGACGGCCUACAUCUGCAGAGAGAUUCUCAGGGGUUUGACUCACCUCCACCAGCACAAAGUCAUCCACCGGGACAUCAAGGGCCAGAACGUUCUGCUCACAGAGAACGCUGAGGUCAAGCUAGUGGAUUUUGGAGUGAGCGCGCAGCUGGAUCGCACUGUCGGCCGCAGGAACACCUUCAUCGGGACGCCGUACUGGAUGGCCCCAGAGGUCAUCGCCUGUGACGAGAACCCAGACGCCACAUACGACUUCAAGAGUGACCUGUGGUCGCUGGGAAUCACAGCCAUAGAGAUGGCGGAGGGAGCCCCACCACUCUGUGACAUGCACCCGAUGAGGGCGCUCUUCCUGAUCCCGCGGAACCCUGCUCCCAGGCUCAAGUCCAAGAAGUGGUCGAAGAAGUUCCAGUCAUUCAUCGACAGCUGUCUGGUGAAGAGCCACACCCAGCGGCCCAGCACCGAGCAGCUCCUCAAACACCCCUUCAUCCGGGACCAGACCAACGAGAGGCAGGUCCGCAUCCAGCUCAAGGACCACAUCGACCGCACCAAGAAGAAACGUGGGGAGAAAGACGAGACGGAGUACGAGUACAGCGGGAGCGAGGAAGAGGAGGAUGAGAACGAAAUGGGAGAGCCCAGCUCCAUCAUCAACAUCCCCGGAGAGUCCACCCUGAGGCGGGACUUCCUGCGCCUGCAGCUGGCCAAUAAGGAGCGGUCGGAGGCCCUGCGCAGACAGCAGCUGGAGCAGCAGCAGAACGAGGAGCACAAGCGCCAACUGCUGGCGGAGAGGCAGAAGCGCAUCGAGGAGCAGAAGGAGCAGAGGCGGCGGCUGGAGGAGCAACAGCGUCGGGAGCGGGAGCUGAGGAAGCAGCAGGAGCGUGAGCAGCGGAGACGCUACGAGGAGAUGGAGCAGCUCAGGAGAGAGGAGGAGAGGAGGCAGGCAGAGAGAGAGCAGGAGUACAUCAGGCGGCAGCUGGAGGAGGAGCAGAGGCAGCUGGAGAUCCUGCAGCAGCAGCUCCUGCAGGAGCAGGCCCUUCUUCUGGAGUAUAAGCGGAAGCAGCUGGAGGAGCAGCGGCAGGCGGAGCGGCUGCAGAGGCAGCUGCAGCAGGAGAGGGCGUACCUGGUGUCCCUGCAGCAGCAGCAGCAGCAGCAGCAGGAGGCCCGGCCUGCCGACAGGAAGCAGCUCUACCACUACAAGGACGCGGUGAACCCCAGCGACAAGCCGGCCUGGGCCAAGGAGGUCAUGAGACGGUCCAAAAGUAACUCCCCCCGCAUCCCGCCCCGCCAGCAUCACUCCUUCAGCCACCCGGGAGAGGCCCGCCCCGCCCGAUUCCUCCGUCCCCCCGAGGAGGCGCUCUACGCCGUCCCCUCCCGGCCCUCUGACCCCGCCCCCUCGGGCGGGGGGGAGGAUGCCCUCGAGCAGCUGCGCUGUUCCACGCAGAACGUGCCCCGAAUUCGGGUGUGGAGCGACCUGGACCGGCUGGACCUGGCCCACCACGUGGCGGGCCACGCCCGGGACCCCCGGGCCCCCCGGGCCGGCUCCGAGGCCCGCGGACGCAGCCCCGGCAGGGCCCAAGGACCGGUGGAGGAGCGCUCCAAACUGAACCGGCAGAGCUCACCAGCGCUGCAGCACAAGGUGGCGAACCGGAUCUCGGACCCGUCCCUGCCGCCGCGCUCCGAGUCCUUCAGCAGCGGCGGCAUCCAGCCGGCCCGCACCCCGCCCAUGCACCGCGCCGUGGAGCCGCAGAUGGCGCACCUGGUCCCGGUGAAGUCCCACGGCUCCUCCAUGACGGGGUCCCAGUCUCUGCACGACCAGUCUGCCAAGGGCGUGUCCGCCUUCCAGGAGGGCCUGGCCCCCCCGAGGCCCGAGAUGCCGCGGCAGAACUCCGACCCCACCUCCGAAACACCGCCCCUGCCCCCGCGCAUUGCCAGCCGCGACGACAAGUUUGACCGCACCUCCUGGCUGAGGGAGGACGACAUCCCGCCCAAGGUUCCCCAGCGGACCACCUCCAUCUCCCCAGCCCUGGUGAGGAAGAACUCCCCCGGGAACGGAGCCGGGGGUCUGGGGCCGAGGACCAGUUCCCAGCUCAUCCGGGCCAGUAACCCGGACCUGAGGUCGGACUUCUCCUUGGAGACGGCGCUGCAGCGGACGAGCAGCGGGACCUCCUCCAGUUCCAGCACCCCCAGCUCCCAGGCCGGGUCCAGUGAGCGGAACCGGGUCAGAGGGUCUGGGAAGCCUGACAGCUCCCCCGUGGUGUCCCAGGAGGUGCCCAAGCCCAAGGAGGAGAAUCGGGAGGUGACCCGGCCCAGCCGACCUGCGGACCUGACCGCCCUGGCCAAAGAGCUGCGGGAGCUGCGCACGGACGACGCCCACCGGCCGCCGAUCAAGGUGACGGACUACUCCUCCUCCAGCGAGGAGUCAGAGAGCAGCGAGGAGGAAGACGGCGAGAACGAGGGGCAUGACGGCACCGUGCCCGUCAGCGACAUCCCGCGCAUAAUGCCCUCGGCAGGGCAGGGGGUAAACGAGUCCUUCGGUGUGGGAGGGGUAGGCAGUCAGGACGACUCCCAGGGCGACGCCUACGGCGGAGGCUCCAAAGAUGGCACCCUGAUGAUGAGAGAGACUCUGGGGGAUAGAGUGCGCUCCGGCCAUGCCGAGAGCAAUGGCUUUGCCGGCCACGUCAAUCUGCCCGACCUGGUGCGGCAAAGCCGCUCCCCGCUGGCCACGCCCGCCGAGGGCCCGGGGCCACUCCCCGGCGUGCACGCUCGGGACCCGGACGCCGUAGCCGAAUAUGGGAUGGGGGGCGGCUCCAAGGCCUCCUUCACCCCAUUCGUGGACCCGCGGGUGUACCAGACCUCCCCCACGGAGGACGAUGAGGAUAAUUUGGCCACAGGUCCGUUCGCCAGCGAGCUGCUGCGGCAGGAGCAGGCCAAGCUGAACGAGGCGCGCAAGAUCUCCGUGGUCAACGUCAACCCCACCAACAUCCGGCCCCACAGCGACACGCCCGAGAUCCGCAAGUACAAGAAGCGCUUCAACUCCGAGAUCCUGUGUGCCGCCCUGUGGGGAGUGAACCUGCUGGUGGGCACGGAGAACGGGCUGAUGCUGCUGGAUCGCAGCGGACAGGGGAAGGUCUACAACCUCAUAAACCGCCGGCGCUUCCAGCAGAUGGACGUCCUGGAGGGCCUCAACGUCCUGGUUACCAUAUCAGGGAAGAAGAACAAGCUGAGGGUGUACUACCUGUCGUGGCUCAGGAACCGAAUCCUGCACAACGACCCGGAGGUGGAGAAGAAACAGGGCUGGACCACAGUCGGGGAGCUGGAGGGCUGCGUCCACUACAAAGUGGUGAAAUACGAGAGGAUCAAGUUCUUGGUGAUUGCUCUGAAGAACUCGGUGGAGAUUUAUGCGUGGGCUCCAAAACCUUACCACAAAUUCAUGGCUUUCAAGUCUUUUACAGACCUGCAGCAUCGGCCGCAGCUGGUGGACCUGACCGUGGAGGAGGGUCAAAGGUUAAAGGUUAUCUAUGGUUCCAGCGUGGGUUUUCACGUGAUCGAUGUGGAUUCAGGGAAUCCCUACGAUAUCUACAUACCGUCCCACAUUCAGAGCAGUGUCACCCCACAUGCCAUUGUGGUCCUCCCCAAGACUGACGGAAUGGAGGUGCUUCUGUGUUAUGAAGAUGAGGGGGUCUAUGUGAACACAUACGGCAGAAUCACCAAAGACGUGGUGCUCCAGUGGGGAGAGAUGCCCACCUCCGUUGCCUACAUCCACUCCAACCAGAUCAUGGGCUGGGGAGAGAAAGCCAUCGAGAUCCGCUCAGUGGAGACGGGACACCUCGACGGAGUUUUCAUGCACAAGCGAGCUCAGCGAUUGAAGUUCCUCUCAGAGAGGAACGACAAGGUCUUCUUCGCAUCUGUCAGAUCAGGAGGCAGUAGCCAAGUCUUCUUCAUGACCCUAAACAGGAACUCUAUGAUGAACUGGUAACUCCCCAGCAUCGCUGUCCACGCAGCAUCAACCUUCCCAGCAUCACAUCUGUAAUCGUGACGUACAUGUUG